AUGAGUGAUGAAGAUGAUGGAUUCUAUGAUAAUGAUGACGGUGACAAUGAUGCUGAUGAUGGUGAAGUUGUAUUAGAUGAGGAGUCUCAAUCUCAAUCAAUUAUAAUCAAAGAAACAAAUGAUUCUUAUUCACUCAAGUUCCAUAGCCUUACCAACGUUAUUAAUAUUUACAAUGCCUUUAUUGUUAAUAAUCCAGCGUAUGUUGACAAUACAGGAAGAAUUACAUUUUCAAUUCUUGCGGAUUGUCUUCCUUUAUCAUCCCAAGUCGUUUAUGGGUUCAAUAAAAGCGAAAAACUUCUCGAAGUCAAUCUUAUUUUAACAAAUAUGUCAUGGCAACAGAAACCAGAUUUCAUAUCUGUUUUACAUCCAGAAUAUCAGAACAAUUAUAUCGGCAGACCACUUAUCUCGCAAGUUAUUAACGAUUUCUUUAGUUCAGAUUAUAGUCCACGCGAUUUUUAUCAAGCUGCUUCUCAUAUUUUGUCUCCGCCUGGCAGAUGCGAGCCAGCCAAGCUAAAAAAGCUUAGAGAUAUGGGUUUCGAUGGCGAGCGUGCCUCCCAUGCCCUAGCAUUAUUCAGAAAUGACUUUGAUCAAGCAUUAUCUUUCCUAAGGACAGGUAUUGCUCCAGCGAUAGAAACAGAUAUACAUAUAUCAUACAAAGAUUGUCCUCUUUUAUAUUUCGUUCUUGAGCUAGUCGAAGUAUUUCUCGAUUUACCAGACCAUUGUUGCGUUUGCCGUAAGCAAUUACAAGAACCAGGUGUCAAACCAACACCUUGUGAUAACCCACUAUGCCAAUUUACAUUUACUGAACUCGGCGUCGGUUGCGGAGUUUAUAAUGAAAUUUUGAGGGACCCGGAUGCGGCCGAUCUUGUUAUUUCUAUGUUCGCAGCAGCCACAAAAGACAAAUGGCUCAUCCCAGCGCCACCAGAUUUCUCAGUUGACGAGUGCAAACAAAUUGUUCGAACUCUUCCAUCAAUGAAUACGAUAAUUACGACAUAUAAGAACGAUGCGGAGAUAAUUAAUGCUAUUGGUGAACGUCCGAUGCGUCUAUUACGAUGGAUACUGCUUACAAACAGAUCUCAGUUUAUGUCACUGAAUGGAAGCCUCGAAUUGGCCGAACUAAAGGGUGGAACAGCCAAGAUGUUCCUUGCUCUAUCGAGUACACCUCAAAAGGAGCAGAGAUUCCGUGAAUUGCAGCAACAAUACGGAUCUCUCUUCCUUUGGCACGGAUCUCCGUCCAGUAGAUGGCACGCUAUAUUCAGAAAUGGCCUGAAAAACAUGUCUAAUACGGAUGGAAUGCUCAACGGAGCAGCUCAUGGCAAUGGAAUUUAUUUUGCUAGAGAUAGUAGUACUUCUAUUGGUUAUUCCUCUCACUGUGAUGUUUCAGCUAAUACUUAUAUAAAUUCCAGGUUCAAAAUAAUGACAAUUGUCGCUUUAUGCGAAAUUGCAAAAGUUCCUGCUCUAAAAGACCACGGAUGGUGCCACACACUUAUGCAAGAAGAAGCUUGUAUCGUUAGGUUUUUGAUGUUGAAUCUAAGUAGGUCAAUUGACAUCAUCAAUCAACAACCUCAGAAUAUCCCUACUCUGCGUGAUGUACUUGAAUAUCACGCCAACCACGCCUUUCAAUAA